AUGCAGACAGCAGACGAGACCCAAAAACUUCUUGAGCAGUUGCAGGCCCAAUUUGCAGCCCAGGGCCAGCAACUGGACAACGAAAGCUUGUCGAGCCUUGUUCGACAGCUUCAGGACAGGGACCAGCAUGACUGGUGUGAAGCCGCUGGCCAGUCCGAACCAUUGACCACCCGGCUGAAGAAUCUCCUGAAGGACUAUCCAGCUGAUGUUGGUCUUUUUAAGGAAAUGGUACAGAAUGCAGAUGACGCUGGCGCAGCUCGUGUGCACUUUGUUUGGGAUAACCGCAAGCUGGGCAGAGGGAGUCUCCUUUCCCCAGAAAUGGCAACUUGGCAAACGAAUUGCUUGUGGGCGUACAAUGAUGCGCUUUUCACUGAGCAAGACUUCGAGGCAAUUUGCAGACUUGGUGUCGGAGGCAAGAGGAGCAGUUCUGAGCGUAUUGGGCGCUUUGGUCUUGGCUUCAACUCAGUUUACAACCUGACAGACCUUCCAAGCAUUCUUAGUGAUUCUAUGAUUCUUUUCCUCGAUCCCCAUGUUUCUCAUUUGCGCAAGAUGGGAGCAUCCACGCAGAAGCCCGGGAUCAAACUUCGCUUUCUCAAGGUCAGCAUUAUAGACCGCUUUCGAGAUCAAUUUAUGCCCUACCACAAAUUGUUGGGCUGUGACCUGGAAUCAUCGAGUCCUUUCAAAGGAACACUGAUCCGCAUUCCAUUUCGGACCAAGGAGUCUGCAGCAAAGAGUGAGAUUAGCAAGAUCGUGGUGUCCGAUGAAAUGGUUGCAGCGUUGUCUCAACAGUUCCAAGCAGAAGCCUUCCAGUGGCUUCUUUUCCUACAAAACGUACAAGAGAUUUCGAUGUCUCGACUGGCCGCAGAUGGAUCAGAACCUGUUCUUCAAACAGUUUUCUCUGUCUCUUUGGCACGAGCCGGACUAACGAAACGACCCAGCAUUGUGACUUGUGGAAGUUCUGGCCGCGGUACUGCUGUGUCUACGCAGCUGGAGGUCCUGUGCAGUGAUGAGAAACAAAUGCUGAGGAAAUAUCAUCUAUUCACCGAUACUCAGCACGGCUUUCGCUCACGUGUGUGUUUGGCGGUGCCACUCAUGCAAGAGCAAGACGCGGCCGAUGUCUGGUGUCAUGACGAAGACGGCCGAGUCUUCUGUUUUCUUCCAGUUCCGAGGAAUGUAGACUUAGGGCUCCGACUGCAUGUGCACGCCCCCUUGAACAUGGCACAAGACAGGCGUAGUGUGCUACUGGACAACCGAAUUGGUGAAUCUGAACAAGAGCUCGUGCGGCACAACUUCUAUUUGCUGGAUGAUUUGAUUCCGUCAGCACUUAUGGCAUGCCUGCAGGAUUUGGCGGUCAAGCGAAAUCAAAUGCCUCCCGCACAUUUCUUUGCACUCUUUCCAACUCUAAGCCAGGGAAGUCUUGCACCGUCGCAAAGAAUUGCACAAACUUUUUAUGCCAAACUUCUUUCGCAAGGAGCAGCAGGAGGAGCUUGUCCACUGCCGAUUGCUGCACCUGCUUCUCUGCGGAAUCGGAGCCGAUCUGAAGCUCCGCCACAGUAUUGGGUCAAGAUCGCUGAGGCUGUUUUUGUUCCUUCGGUACCUUCGGUACGAGAACACGUGACACAGGCACUGCUAGACUCUGUCGUGGAGUGCUUGCUUCGGUGUGGAGUCCCAUUGGUAGAUGCUCCUCCCAGUGUGUUGGAGUCGUUGAUGCGGUCUGGUCAAGGCGGUCAAGGCAAAGAAGAAGGCGGCAGGGGCAAAAAUCGCAGAGCAAAUUUCACGCUUCUGACGCCUUCCUGGCUUCGACAACGCUUGCGAUCAGAAGGUGGCAUGAAAUCUCAUGCAAUCAACCAAGCACCUGCAGCCAAUAUCUUUGCCCAGCUGACCCCAGUGGAUGUUACUGAUCUCCUUGAAUUCGCCGUCAGUGACGGCAACAUUGAUGAUUUGAGUGGAGUUCCCCUCCUCAUGUGCGAGGAUGAAGCAACCGUGCAGCCAUUCUUGUCCUUUUCUCAGUCUGCCCAGCCGCUGCAGCCUGUAUUCUUCCCUCAAAAUCCGCUGGAAAGGCGACUCUUUCCGAAUAAAGACGGAAAGAAACUCCUACUGGCAUCAAAAUUCGAAGCCCGGCCAAUGCUUUGGGCAAAGUUCAAGAAGUUGGCAGAGCAAGCGGAGCAAGCGGAGCAAGCAGAGGCGGAGACCGAGAACGAAAAGGAGUCUCGGGUCAAAGCUGGAAAAGCUAGCCCUGCAAUCCCUGCCUUUCAAUGCAAAUACGUAACUUUUCCGCGGCUUGUCAGAGCACUGCAAAUGUUGCUGCCGCGGACAUGGAACAAGCCAGUGCCAAGCAUCUCGAUGAAUGACUAUGCUGAGUGGGUUGAAGACUGGCUGCAGGCUAUGUGGAAAUGGCUUGGUGACAAAGAAGUUCACCUUUUUCACAUGGUUCAUUGGCCCUUGAUCCCCAGCUUGUCUGAUGCAGGAGUAGAUUUGGUUCGAAUUCCUGAAGCAAACAAACUGGUCUUGUUUUCUGGUAGGCCAGGGACAAACCGCAACGAGCCCGUGAAGAACCCUGCCAAUGGAUCUAGUGGAUCCAGUGGUAUGGGUCAAGGCAAAGAGAAAUUUCUACGCGUCCAGAAGCUCCUUGAAGCCCAUCUUCAUUGCAGGCCCAUUUUUGAGCCAAGUUGGCUCUUGCAACAUGAAAACCAGCUUCGGACCUGCGUGCAUGCGUCCACCGCAGAAGGUCUCUUGAAAAGCAUGCACUUUGCUUCCAAGCUGAUCUCGUCCUGUCAAAAAAGUCCAAUCACACCGGCACAAGCACUCCACGUGUCACUUUCCAAAGCUCUCAAUCCGCAUGAUGUGGGAGCCUUGUUGUCGAUUGCGGCCACAGUUCAAAAAGAGGGCUGUAGUUGUGAAAAAGUGAACAGCAGAGCAAGCUGGAAAAGUCACUGUGAGGUGCUCCGUGGUUUGCCUUUCUUGUGCAGAUUCAACAAGCCCCAGCAGCAUAUCUCUCUAGCUGGCACCGAGAAUGCUGAGGAGUUCUGGAUUUUGCCGGAGACCUGUCCAGAGGUUUUGGGAGCACUCCGUGCAGCACAGGUUGAUUUACCGACCGUAGAAGUCGCAGAUGAAGUGCUUGAAACUGUGACAUCUGAGACGUGGGCUGUGUCAUCAUUGCUUCGCGAACACCUAGGUCUUCCAAAGUUUCAGUGGUCUGAUCUUCUUCUCAAACACGUUUUUCCGUGGGCCCACACAUCCUCUGGAGAAGUACGCCAAAGCUUGAUGAGGGCCAUUGUUUACCACUGGCGCGACAUGGAAUUGACAGGCCAUUCUGCUUGUUUGGAGGCGUUACAGCAGAUUCCAUUCCUCAGCACUGUCGGAGGUGGUAUGUUGUCGGCUGCAGAAGCCUUAGACCCUGCGAUUGAAAGGCUGCCUGCCCUUUACGGUCCUGGUGAUAUCAGAGGUCCUUUUCCCGAUUCGCGGUGGCAGUCAGCAGAGUGUCGCGCUGUUUUGCAAUUUCGAAGUCACCUGAACUACCAGGAAUUGAAUGAGAGGCUGGGCUUUUUGCAUCACCUGGAAGUGCAACGGCGGGAGUCAAAUCCACAGCAAGAAAGUCAAAUUCCAGGAGACGUGCUGACAGUCUCAAAUGCCCUGCUUCGCUAUGUCUGCGAGGUGGUCAGCCCCCUAAUGGUCGAUUCAUUGCAAUCUGACCAGGAAGAGAAGCAAGAUUUCGAUUCUAGAAGUCUAUGGGGGAUGCUAAGCCUGACUGGGAUCGGAAUGGAAAAGCCAAAGUCAGAAGCAAAAACUUCGAAUUUGGCAGAAGAAGAAUUGAUGUCCAUCCAAUCGAAACUUCGACGCUGCUUUUGGCUGCCACCUUUGAGCGCUCCCAGUGGUUGGCCUGCAGAAGCUCCGUGGAAGGGCUCUCUUUGUGGACUUUGUUCAGCAGAGGAGGUCAGAUUGGUGUCGGAGGAGUUCCUAGUGGGCAUGGUAAGGCCUCUGAUUGGUCUACCUGUGCGGGGAGCAGGAAAUACAGUUCGCCUUCCAAGACGCUUUCUGGAGAGCAUUGGCCUGCAAGAAAAGCCGCAGGAAGGCUUGCUGAAAGAGCAGCUUUGCAAGAUGGAGGUGUCACAGGGUGGCUUUUUGCCAUUGUCAAGGAUGUCUCGACAAAGCAUCGAAUUCCCACCGUAUUUGGUCAAGGCCCCCGCAGAGUGGAAGGAGAAAAAUCCUCUUCUAUGGUCAAACAUCAAAGACAACUUUGGAGUGGCAGACUACUCCGAGGCAGCUCCAGACUUCUGA